AUGCUUUCGAAACGUUUUAAGUCCUCCUUCUUUCUUCCAUUCUUUUUAAUAGUCAGCAUAUCUCCGGUAGUCGGAUUUUUCCAAUUUCAACAGCAACAACAGCAACAACCUAUAGAACUGUCAUAUGAAGAAAGGAUCCUAAAUAACGACUGUGAUAAGUACCUAUGCCCGGAUACGUUAGCAUGUGUGGCUUCCAAGAAAGAUUGUCCAUGUCCCUUCCCAAAAUCACAGCUGAAAUGCCUAAUUUCCAACGAACGUUAUGUAUGUAUUUCAAAGCCUGCUACACAUGAUGAGGAAAUGAAUGCAGUGUAUGAUGAUCCUGUUAAGGGGCCAAAGGCUGCAUUUGAUGGCAUGAGAGAUUGUGGAUGGGUAAAGAAUGCAUACAAUUUGAAAUUAUAG